AUGCAGCCUUAUCGACCGGCUUAUCGAAACCCUUCGCCCGACCCCGACCAGGACCUCGCCAUGCUGCCGCCGCAAAACAACUACUACUCGCCCGUCAACCCCCAGCCUCACCCUCCGCAGCAUCGCCAGCAGCAGCAUCACCCGCACGACGAGCCCUACUACUCCGAAGACUAUAUCCCGCAGCAUCCGGGCCGGUCAGACGUCACCGCCGGCGCAGACAACUACGGCCAUGGAGCGGCCGGCGGAGGCAUGACCGGCCUGGCCUCGGGGGUCGCUGCAUACCCGGGCCACUCCCGCCGGCACCUGCAUGACUCGCGUGCCUACGAGGAGAUGGGAUACCAGGAGACCAUGGGCGGCAGCUAUGAUCCCGCGGGCUAUGCCCAUAGCCGUGGCUACCAGGAUCACCACACCAACUACACCAACAACAACAACAACAACAACAACAACAACUAUAGCAGCAACCAUAGCAACAACUAUAGUAACAACAACUAUAGUAACGACAGGUACAAUGCGUACCAGGAUAACGCCGCAAGAUACCACUAUGAAGACCCGUACAGGAGAGACGAGUCUGGCCUCGGCGCAGUCCAUCCAGAGUCCAUCAACCCGCACGACAUCGUCGACGACGGAGACGAUGGCUUCAUCCCCGAGCCCAAGAGACGCUCCCUCCUCAGUAUGGGCCACAACUCAAGCCACAACAACCUCUAUCCCGGCGUCGGGGCGGGAGCCGCUGCAUCCGGCUCAUUGCCUGGCUCGGGUGCCCGCAGUCCCGCCGGUGCAAGCGGCAGUGGCAGCGGAAACGGCAACGGUAACGGAGCGGGUGUCGGCCCAGACACUCCCCUCUACAACCUCGCAACGGGGGAGAAAAAGGUCUUCGUUGACGAAGAACGAUCCCGCAAGAAACGCCUCUGGAUCAUCGGCAUCAUCGUCGCCCUCGUCCUCGCCGGUGCCAUAGCCGGCGGUGUCACCGCAGGCAUCCUCGCCAACCAAAAGGCUAGCUCCGACCCCAACAGGCCCGGCGGCAGCGGCUCCGGCACAGACGACGACAAGGGAGAUCUCGGCAAGGACUCAAAGGAGAUCAAGGCCCUGCAGAGCAAGGACCUGCACAAGGUCUUCCCGGGCAUGGACUACACCCCCUGGGGCACCCAGUACCCGCUCUGCCUCAAGUACCCGCCCAGCCAGAACAACGUCACCCGCGACAUCGCCGUGCUCUCGCAGCUCACCAACACCGUCCGUCUGUACGGCACAGACUGCAACCAGACCGAGAUGGUCCUGCAUGCCUUUGAGCGCCUCGAGCUCAAGCAGAUGAAGCUCUGGCUCGGCGUGUGGAUAGACACCAACACCACCACCAACGACCGCCAGAUCAAACAGCUCUACAAGAUCCUCGAAAACACCCGCGACAAGUCCGUCUUCAAGGGCGUCAUCGUCGGCAACGAGGUGCUGUAUCGUGGCAAAAACGAUCCCUCCACGCUCACGCAGCUGAUGAAGUACAUCACCGGCGUCAAGGACGAGCUGGCAUCGCUUAAACUCGACCUCCCCAUCGCCACGUCUGACCUGGGCGAUGCCUGGACUCAGCCGCUCACAAAGAUAGUCGACGUAGUCAUGUCCAACGUCCAUCCGUUCUUUGCCGGUGUCACGGCCGACAAGGGCACGGGCUGGGCAUGGUCGUUCUGGGCAGAACACGACGUCUCGUUGACAAAGGGCACGAACAAGAAACAGAUCAUCUCGGAGAUCGGAUGGCCUAGCGGUGGAGGGAAUAACUGCGGUGAUUCCAAGUGUCCUGAUUCCAAGUCGGGGUCUGUAGCGAGCGUCAAGGACAUGAAUAUCUUCAUGGAGAACUGGGUGUGUCAGGCCCUCAGUAACGGGACUGAUUAUUUCUGGUUUGAGGCAUUUGAUGAGCCGUGGAAAGUCACGUUCAAUGAGCCGGGUAAGGAAUGGGAAGAUAAAUGGGGUCUUAUGGAUCCUGCCCGCGUUCUCAAGCCUGGCAUCAAGAUUCCCGACUGCGGCGGCAAGACAGUCGAUUAA